CAUAGUAGGAUUUGCAAUUCCGCUCUCCGCCCGUCAGUUGCGGGAUAGGCAGACCGUCGGAAGUUUGUGGGAGAUGGGCUAAAAGUCCAGCACAAGGCAGACCGAACACUGCUGCACAGGAGUUUCACAGCUGCUUAUAAGUGUGGUAAUGCUUAGUCUCAGAAAUGCCGUACGUAGAUCGUCAGAAUCGGAUCUGUGGCUUUCUAGACAUAGAGGAAGUGGAGAACAGCGGCAAGUUUUUACGACGCUAUUUCAUUCUGGACACGCUGGAGGGAAGCCUGAUGUGGUACAUGGAUAACCCUCAGAAUCUUCCAGAAGGAACAUCCAACGUCGGCUCCCUCAAACUUACAUAUAUAUCCAAGGUUAGCGAUGCCACCAAAUUGCGACCGAAGGCGGAGUUCUGCUUUGUCAUCAAUGCUGGAAUGAGGAAGUUUUACUUGCAGGCGAAUGAUAAGCAGGAUUUAGUGGAGUGGGUCAGUGCACUCAACAAUGCAACCAAAAUCACAGUGCCGAAGUCAGGUGAGCAGGUGGCUCAUAAUACAGCUGAAGCGUGUGUGGACACGUCGGCUGCAGCAAAACAAGUGUCCUACAAGACCGAGAUCAUCGCAGGAGUGCCCAUCAUCACUACCACACAGGAAAAGGGCGAAGGUCAGAAUGGUGCAGACCGGAGCGGGAUGAGGAAACCUCAGGGUCCGCUGCCGUAUUACUUGAGCCGGAGUAAUCAGGACCAGUCGAUCAUAAAAUACGGAUAUUGUGUCAAACAGGGAGCUGUGAUGAAAAACUGGAAAAGGAGAUACUUCAUGUUGGAUGACAAUGCACUCAGCUACUUCAAAUCAGAAAUGGACCGUGAACCGUUACGAGUUGUUCCUCUGAAAGAAGUCAAUAAGGUUCAGGAGUGUAAACAAAGUGACUUGAUGAUGAGGGACAAUCUUUUUGAACUGGUUACUACCUCAAGAACUUUCUACAUUCAGUCGGACAGCCCAGAGGAGAUGCACGGCUGGAUCAAGGCUAUCUCUGGGGCCAUAGUGGCCCAACGGGGUCCUGGACGCUCAGCAGCCUCUAUGCGUCAGGCCAGACGGCUCUCAAAUCCUUGUAUACAGAGGUAUACAUCCUGCAAUGGUGAAUGCAGCACGAGCACGCUGAUUCCACCUCCACCUUCUACUACAGCGAACCGUGUCUCCCAACUCCUCGCUCACCCCUCCCCACCGAACUCUAUUACCCAGAAUGCCGUUCCCCCUCGGGCCCUCAGCAUGGCGUGGGAGGGCCCAGACCUGAAAAGCCUGCCGUCCGGAGCCCGAGCACGCCUGUCGCUCCAGGAGUCGCCCCAAAUCUUCAAGUAAAUGCUGAUGACUCAUCACCAUGGCAACGGAGAAGUGAAGUAACGCAGCCUACGGAUUGCCCUAAAGAUAAAGAUCGGCAGGUUACCAAGGUGUAACGAUGUACUUGCUAUAUUACACACACAUAUUACAAGAAACUAUUAACAUCAAAAGCAGAACAGGGACUCAGGAUGAAUGUGAAUCGAGCCCAUGGGAUAUGGAGGACUAUGGAAUUUGGAGUUUUUCAUGAUCAUUCUCGAGCCUUUCAGAAGAAUUGUACACUAUUCAUAAACCAGACAAUUUGUUAAAGGGGCUAUAUGUAAGAAUUUACAUUACAUUUUUCAUUGGCAAUGAACAGCUUGUAACGAAACUUAAAGGAUUAGUUCACUUUAAAAUGAAAAUUAUCCUAUGACUUACUACCCUCAAGCAAUCCUAGGUGUAUAUGACUUUCUUCUUCCAGACAAAUAUAAUCGGAGUUAGAUUGAUAAUCAUGC